UCUGAGUACACUUGCACGACCAAAGAAGAAAAAGAGGAAGAAGAAAGGAUUAAAAUAAUCACGGCAUCGCCAACAGGAUCGUACUUUUCCGAAGGUGGUUAACCAGCCAUACCGGAACCACGAAACACAGGGUCCUGUGCAGCACGGAGGACUAACAGUAACACCGCCACGCCGGCAGCAAAGUUCAUUUUGGUCCCCGCCCCGUUCCUCUUGCUUCUUUUAACUCCUUCCCCCUUUGCCCAUUCUAGAACGGAACCCUUUUUUAAUUCUUCCCAAUAGAAACGUAGGAACAAUUUCGUGAACGCAAUCCGGAGUGCCCAACAUGGCGGCGGCCGUAAGGUGCAUGGGUAGAGCCUUGAUACAUCAUCAAAGGCAUAGCCUUUCCAAGAUGGUUUAUCAGACAUCAGUUUGUUCUUGUUCUGUAAACAUUCAAGUGCCCAACAGACAUUUUGCUGCUGCUACAAAGUCUGCAAAGAAAACAAAAAAUGUUGCUAAAGAAAAAACACCAGAUGAGAAAAAAGAUGAAAUAGAAAAAAUAAAAGCAUAUCCCUAUAUGGAAGGCGAACCUGAGGAUGAUGUCUAUUUAAAACGGUUAUACCCGAGGCAGAUAUAUGAUGUGGAGAAAGCUGUUCACUUACUUAAGAAAUUUCAAGUUCUUGACUUUACUGGUCCAAAGCAAAGUGUUUAUCUUGAUUUGACACUGGAUAUGACACAGGGAAGGAAGAAAAACGUGGCGCCAUUUACCAGUGUUCUUAGUUUGCCAUACCCAUUUGCUUCGGAAAUCAAUAAAGUUGCUGUAUUUACAGAGAAUGCAUCAGAGGUGAAAAUAGCAGAAGAAAAUGGAGCUGCAUUUGCAGGAGGCACUAGUCUGAUACAGAAGAUUUGGGAUGAUGAAAUUGUUGUAGACUUUUAUGUAGCUGUUCCAGAAAUAAUGCCUGAACUUAAUCGAUUAAGGAAGAAGCUGGGUAAAAGAUUUCCAAGGGUUUCUCAAAAUUCCAUUGGCCGUGACAUCCCCAAAAUGCUUGAAUUCUUCAAAAAUGGACAUGAAAUUAAGGUAGAUGAAGAAAGGGAGAAUUUUCUGCAGACCAAAAUAGCAAGAUUGGAUAUGUCAAGUGACCAGAUAGCUGCCAAUCUACAAGCAGUUAUUAAUGAAGUUUGUAGGCACAGACCACUGAAUUUGGGUCCCUUUGUGAUACGUGCUUUCCUUCGUAGUUCAACAAGUGAAGGUUUAUUACUGAAGAUUGAUCCAUUGUUGCCUAAAGAAGUAAAAAAUGAAGAAAGUAAAAAAGACAUCUAAAUGUGUUGAAUUGUGAAAUUACUUUAAGUGGUUUAAGAAGCAAUGGAGAAAAUUAUGAAACUGCAUAAUUUUUACAUUUGAUGUCUCGUUAUUGAUCAUACUUGAAAGUGAACUUUAACACUGAAAAAUCUUAGUCAUUUCAAGAAUAAGAAAAUAAAAUUUUCUCUUUGUCUGAACCUGC